GGAUUUGUUGUCUUCUUAAAUAAAAUUUAGAAGUCGGAAGCUCACUCAGUUCAGAGUGUUGAGUAGAGCACGUAACAGAUGUCUGACAGGAGAACGUCGCAGAGUGUUUCGUCUGAUGUCUCCCUCCCUCCGCCGGAGGACGAUGUGGACUCGGUCUGCUCCGACGAGCUGUUCGGCUCUCAGUCCCGCCGCUGGCUGGCGGACCUCAUGACCCGGGGCAAGCCUGCGGAGAGUGGGGUCGUCCACACGACCGGCCGGGACGGACUCUUCGUGGACUAUCACUUCCCUCUGGGAGAGCUGGAGAUGCAGUCCGGGGUCAAGUGGAAACGACCAACGGAGAUAUGUCCGUCCCCUCAGUUCAUAGUGGAUGGAGCUACGCGCCUGGACAUCCGCCAGGGAAAACUCAGUGACUGCUGGUUGCUUUCUGCCAUCGCGUCUCUCUCCAUGCAUCCCUCCCUGCUCAAGCAGGUCAUGCCUCCAGGACAGAGCUUCCAAGACGGAUACAACGGAUGCUUCGUCUUCAGGUUCUGGCAGUAUGGUCAGUGGGAGGAGGUGAAGAUAGAUGACUUGUUGCCGACUCAGGACAGCAAACUGAUCUACCUCAACUCACCGGAAAAAUACGAGUUCUGGAGCUCCCUGCUGGAGAAGGCCUAUGCCAAGCUGAAAGGUGGCUACAGAGCUCUGAACAUGGGUUUCCCUCAUGAGGCCAUGGUCGAUAUGACGGGUGGCGUGGCUGAGGUUUUGAAUAUCGCCGCGAUCAGAGAACUGCCGGCCCUCCUCAGCUACCUGCUGGCUAAAAGAGCACUCAUCAACUGUGCUAACUCCCAGGGUCCUUUGGAGCAAGGGAAUCCACUGGGGAUCAGGUUCAGACACGCCUACUCUCUGACUGCAGUAGAGAAGGUGAAGACGGCAUACGGCACUGAGGAUUUGGUACGAAUCCUCAACCCCUGGGGCAACACAGAGUGGGAGGGGCCCUGGAGUGACAUGAACGGGUCUCUGUGCAGUCCAGAGUGGAACACAGUGAGCUUCGAGGAGCAGAAAAGACUGGGCAGAGUCAGUCGGGAGGACGGGGAGUUCUGGAUGUCGGUGUCAGACUUCCGACAGAACUUUGACAUGAUGGAGGUGUGUCACCGGACUGAUGAAUCGGAGACCAGCGGACUGCCAUGGUACUGCAUAAUGCAUCAUGGGAACUGGGUGCCGGGCAUCUCAGCUGGAGGUCCUGCCAAUGGGGGUUUCUUCUGGCAGAACCCUCAGUUCUACUUCACCCUGUUGGAGGUGGACAGGGACCAGAAGACCUGCUCCUUUGUUUUGGCUCUGAUGCAGAAAUACCAGAGACGUAUGGGCGUUGACCUGUCUAUAGGCCUGCAUAUAUACCCGGCCCCUCGUAACAAUAAAUACCUGUCGCCUGAGGACUUGACUGCACUCCAGCCACUCCUGUGCAACCCCCAACACUCCCCACGUCGGGAGGUUGUCCUCCGCGGCUCCCUUCCACCCGGUCGAUACAUCAUCAUCCCUUCAACCGCCGAGCCCAAUCAGCAGGGAGCGUUUCUCCUGCGGGUGCUGACAGAGCAGGGCAACGCUGCCACUCCAGCCAACAAACCAUCGGCACAAGACUCUUCAAUAACAGAGCGUUCAUUUCCUCACCAGGCUGCUCUUCCUUCGCCUAAAUCUACCGAACAACUGUUCAAUAAGCACUGCAAGAAAGGGCUUUGCAAACCAGUGCACCUCUACAACCUGCUGACCGAGAUCAUACAGGGAGGAGUGUUGGCCGGCAGUGAGAAGUACUUGGCUCUGGAGCACUGCAAGAGCCUGGUGAUCCUCAUGGACAGCCAAGGCAGCGCUCAGCUGACCUGGCAGGAGUUCCAGAUUCUGUGGGACAAGAUCAAGAGGUGGACGGAUAUCUUCCUGGUGUUUGACAAGAACAAAACAAAGCGCCUGGAGUAUCAAGAGGUAGCCCCCGCUCUGAAGGCAGCAGGCAUCAUGGUGGAUGAGUUGAUAAUGCAGCUGGUUGGACUGAGAUACACGGAGCCCGACUUGACCAUCAGUUACCCCGGCUUCCUGUACCUGCUGAUGAAACUGGAGAGCAUGAUCCACAAAUUUCAAGCGUACGACAUGGUGGGAAUGGGAAGCGUGACUGUGAACUACACACAGUGGCUCCACAUGACCAUGUACAACUGACCACUCAGACGGAUUCUUCAGGAUUUGCUCUGUGUAGUCUUUUUUUCUGCUGCUCUCUUCUGAUUCCCACGCAUCAUUUUAUUUUUCAUACAGUAUGCAGGACAGUAGAAGUACAGAAGUGUUUAAUGAUUGAAAUAUAAAUGGCCUAUCACAUCUUCGUUUGCUACAUGUUUCUGUUAGUAGUCAGUAGCAAUAGGAACAUCGUCCAGUGUUGUAAUACUGGCUCAAUGUACAAGGAUGGAAGCAAUGCUGCUUAAGUCAGUACCAUUUACACUAGUAAUUAUCACGUUAUGUUCUUUACUGCAGCUAUGAUAUGUAUGCAUUCAAAUAAUAAUAAAAAUGUGAUCACAAAAA